AUGGGUUUCAUAGAGAAGCUGUCACAUUUUGAUGCGGAGGUUGGUAAGGCGUGUUCAGUUAUUAAACAGACUCUUCAGCAGAUUGUUGAGAAACAAUUCAAUCUAUCUGAUGUUUUUGGCGAGUUAAUUGAUGAGGUCCUCCGUGCCGAGGCGGGUGACAACGAAGAUGCUUGUGAUGUGCAGAAAACCACAUCAAAAUCAGAUGAUAUUCUUCCCCAGAGAGCUGAAAGUUGCCCCGAUGAAGCUGAUAUUGAUCCACUGGUUCAUACAAAUAUAACGAAACAGAACAAUACACCUACAACCUCAGUGGGUAAACAUGGUGAUGGUGGCAAGAACAUGCCGACCAAUACAAACGUCACUCCUAAAGCAACACCACACAUGGAUCCUGACGCGCCGAUAUUUGAUGCGACUCCGCAAAUCAAGUCUACUGGCGGCGUACAACAAGUGGCAGAAACAGACUUGCCUGACAGUGGUCCAUGCUUUGAUCAGACUCCAUCUGAACAUGUUUAUGUUGAAACCGAUCCAGUUACAAACACUCCACAGGUUGGCCAGGCUUCUCUUGAUUCGGAGAUGCAAACUGUGUUAGCUCUACGCGAAUAUUUGUGUGGUCUGCAAUCUGACACCGGCAGGACCAUAAUAGAUUAUGGUGAAUAUUCAGCGACAUGUUCUGACAUAUAUGAAUCUUUUGCCGAUGGGAAGUGUCUCGACAAUGGAUUCAUGCAGUGUUUCAUCCAAUGUGUUAUUGAUGAUGCAAAAAAUCAGCAGACUUCCAUGAGUUCGAACAGUUUGGUUCUUGAUGUUAAUGUUGGGUCAAUACUCAACUUUGAGGAACAGGAACGACACAGUCGCAACCCUCAACCUUUUGAUGAAUCUGUACUCCACACACUUCUAGACAAUUCAUUGCCUGAGACAGAUGAAUUGGACCAAUGCAAAGCAGUAACAAUCAUCAUGGUCCCCAUGGUAAGCAGGGGCAUUGGACAUUGUAUGUUGUCAACAAGGUCAAGAAGUGCAUUCAUAUUUUAG